GAGUGUAUCGAGCCGACGGAAACAAUGGUGCCUGUAGUAAGGACCCGAUCACUUUUCCUUCAUCCUUCCUCUCACGUUGUCCUUCUCCGUCUUCGGCGACGCUCUUCCUCCACCACCACCCGAACAACCGACACUGCCCUGAACUCCGACGACAUUCAGGGAGAAGACGUGGGACAGACAGCCAAGGCGGCAGCCGCUGAACAGAAGCAAAAAGCGGAGACAGAGGAUUGGUCGACGUCCUGCAUCGGGUUCGACGGUAGACCGAUUGAUCGAGAGGAUUGGUCGAACGAAAAGGUGGAGUUUGUGGAUGAUUCCAAGAGGUACUACGCGCAUCACAAGGCGUCUCCUCUGUCGGAGAUAGAGUUCGUGGACACGAGGAAGCCGAUAACUCGAGCGACAGACGCCGUAGAAGGAGAUAUGGGAAGGGGCGUGAUGGUGGAGGAAACGGUGGACCAGGCGUUGGCCCGGGCAGAAGAAAUAUUUAGGAUGAGGGCCAUGAUGGGGGAUCCAAGUUUGCCUCAUUCCAAAGUGCUCCGGCGCAUGCUUCGACAGAGCUGUGACAGCAGUGUCGAUGCUCAGUGAUCUUUUGAUAUCAAUUGUACAUCGUCAAAGUCUGAAACGGCCAGAGUGUUAUUUAUUUUAAUAUUAAAUUAUUUGUUAAAUAUUAGAUUAUUAAGUACAGAGUGAAAUUCGGUCGAAAAUGACUAUUUUAUAUUAUUAUUGGUAAGGAGUAAAUAUUUGAAUACUAAGUGCUACUGUACUUAGUUGUUAAAUUAUUUUUGAUUAAUAGUUAGUAAUUAGUUAACUAGUUAAUUAAAGACAUUUGCAGUUGGAGGAUUAUAACAUGUAAUGU